AUUCAAGUUUCAACCCCCUUAAUUCUUCUCUGUUGUUUCUUGGGUGAAGAUGAUGGCGAUCUGCUCCUCGUUAUCAUCUCCUCAAUCUCCGUGUCUAUUCUCCAAACGUUCUUAUGGUGACAGACUUCAUAGCUUCUCCGUGAGUUCUCGCUUCAAAGCUUCUACGGACGUUCCAGACUUUCUUUCUGCGGAUUGGCUCGAGUCUCGCAGGAAAAGGCCUUUUGGCCCAAGAUUAAAUUUUAGUGCAGAAGAAGCAGUACAAUACCAGCUUGAUGCAUUGAAAUACAAUGACCAACCUCGUCAAGAUUAUGGGGUGGAAGUGAUGUAUAGGUUUGCUGGUUUUGAUCCUUUUGAACGCUCCACCUAUUUUGGGCCCUUCUUUGAUUUGGGACAGUUUGAGCGGUUUAGGCGGAUUUUCCACCAUUCAACAUACCGAGUUUUGCUUGGUCACAAAGAAAGAAAGAUCUUGAGCAGUUUGUGGGUAAAAGAGAAUCGGUUCAAGCAGCGGGUUUGGAUACGAGGAUCGCGUCCAGAGGAAGAAGAGAUAUUCCAAUUUACAAUGGUUCAGAGGGUCGGUGGUUCUUGGGACGGUUAUUGGUUGACAGAGAGCCUACUUCAUGAUGGAGAUGGUUUUUCUGGAGGUGUUGCUUAUUGAUCUGCCAAUCCAGUAGUCAUACCACAGCUUUGUAAAUUGUAAAUUAUUAACUGGGGACUGAUUAAACUACAAUUAAAAUGGGUUUCCUUCUUUUAACUUCCACGAUUUGUAUAUAUGAUAAGUUCAGAGUCCUUCCAUUCUCAUUGUCUCGUCGCUGGAGGUUGAUUAAACAUUGUAAAUGGAAAUUGUAAGUUGUAUGUCCAACGGACAAAAUGAUACUUAGGGAGUUGCUUAAUUGCUUCUGCCCUAUAAGA